UUAUAUAACUUUAUUUAAAUAGCAAACCAUAUUCGAAUGCUCCAUAGACUAUUUACAAGAAGGAUCUCUUCCACACAUCGUGCUGGAAAAAGAUUCUUGAGUGCUAGCCAGGCGGCACAACCAGCUUCCUCUGCUAAUAUUAUCAGAGGGAAUUCUGAGUUUACAGAUCCUCAGAGAUACUUCGAGGACGACGACAAGACAGGAAUCGUAGUCACUUUGAAAGAUAAGAAAGACGCUCUGGAGAAGGCUUUAGGAGUCUUUGACAAGUAUGGGGUCAGUCUGAGCCAUAUCCAGUCUAAGCCAUCCAAGUUAUGCGAGAAAUCCAAGGCUUAUGAUUUUUAUCUAGACUUUGAGAGACCGUUCACCGAUAUGUGCAUCAGAAAUGUCAUUAGUGACCUAUCAAAGAUUUCUAAGAACUUUACUAUUGCUGAUCCUUCUGAAGUGUCAUGAUUCCCUACUAGCUUCUAUGAUCUGGACAAGACUGGGAAGAAGAUCCUGAGUGAAGGAGACGGUAUCCAUGAAGCCGAUCACCCAGGAUUCAGAGACGAGGAGUACAAGAAGAGAAGAGAUUUUAUAUCAGAGCUAGCUCUCAAAUACGAAAUGAAUGAUAAGGAAAUACCAAGAGUGGAAUACACUGAUGCUGAAGUGGGAGUAUGGCAGCACUGCUACUCUAAGUUCAAGAAGAAUUACACAACAGGAGCUGUAAAAGAGUUCAAUGAGGGUCUUGCUCAAAUGGAAAAAUAUUGUGGAUUUUCUGAAGACAAUAUUCCACAGUUAGAAGAUAUUUCACAGUAUUUGAUUAGCAAAACAGGCUGGAGAAUCAGACCUGUAGGAGGACAGCUGAGUCAGAGAGACUUCUUAAAUUGAUUGGCAUUUAAAGUGUUUCCCUCGUCUCAAUAUGUUCGACAUCAUUUAGUUCCAGAGUAUACACCUGAACCAGAUGUCAUUCACGAGGUGAUGGGGCAUGUACCAAUGUUCGCUAACGAACAUUAUGCUGAUCUUUCUCAAAUGAUCGGACUUGCAUCCCUAGGAUGCCCAGAUCAUUAUCUCUCAAGACUAGGCACUUUGUAUUGGUUCACCAUCGAAUUUGGUCUCUGCAUGGAGGCAGGUAAGAGAAAAGCUUAUGGUGCAGGCAUUCUCUCUAGCUUCGGUGAGUUUGAUUGGUGAUUUUCACAAGAUAGGAAUGCUCCUAAAUUCUUUCCAUUCGAUUGUGAAGAAAUUGCUGAGAACCAUGGAGGCUUCCCUAAUAGCUCAGUACAACCCUACUACUUUAUCUCAGAGUCGUGGGAAGAUGCAAGAAAGAAGAUUGGAGAGUAUUGCGACUCAAUCCCAAGACCGUUUAAUGUCUCCUACAAUGAAGAGACUCAGACUAUCGAAGUGGAUAGAAAAAUCAAAGGAUCUUACUAAAACUAUAAAGACAAUGAACUAUUGUUUUAAACUUU